GAAGACUACACUAUUCUUGUUACCGAAAAACCCUACUUUAUCGGUGGUUCUUUGCCUGCAGUGAUUCGAAUUCGAAAGCUAUUCACCAUGGCUGAAGCUGAAGCUUUUGUUAAGGGAAAUGUUUAUCCCAACGGCGUUGCAAUCAUUACUCUCGAUCGUCCCAAAGCACUAAACGCCAUGAAUUUAGAUAUGGAUAUCAAGUACAAACAAAUUCUUGAAGAAUGGGAAUCGGAUCCUAAGGUCAAAUGUGUGCUGGUCGAGGGCAGCUCACCGCGUGCCUUUUGUGCAGGAAUGGAUAUUAAAGGCGUUGUUGCUGAAAUCCAAAAAGACAGAAACACACCUCUUGUUCCCAAGGUCUACGCGGCAGAAUAUUCUCUAAUAUGCAAAAUUUCGGAGUACAAGAAACCUUAUAUAUCAUUCAUGGAUGGCAUAACAAUGGGCUUUGGAAUUGGCCUAUCUGGCCAUGGUUGCUACAGAGUGAUAACUGAGAGGACUGUUCUUGCUAUGCCAGAAAAUGGAAUUGGAUUAUUUCCUGACGUUGGCUUUUCAUAUAUAGCAGCACAAACUCCGGGAGGGGGUUCUGUUGGUGCUUAUCUUGGAAUGACUGGGAAAAGGAUAUCAACGCCUUCAGAUGCGUUAUUUGUUGGUCUUGGAACGCACUAUGUGUCAUCUGGGAAUCUUGGUUCACUAAAGGAAGCCCUUCUAGCCAGCACCUUUUCGGAGGAUCUACAUAAGGAUGUUACGACACUGUUGGCAAAAUACAGCAGCACCACCGAGUCAGAAGCUCACUUGAAGUCACUUUUGCCUCAGAUAACUUCAUGCUUUGGUGCCAAUAAGUCGGUUAAGGAGAUAGUUGAAGAGCUUAAAAAACAUCAGCAAAGUACAGAAGCUUCAGUGGUUGAGUGGGCAAAUGAAGCUCUGCAGGGUCUUGGGAAGGGCGCUCCCUUUUCUAUUUGCUUAACACACAAUUAUUUCUCUAGAGUUGCAUCCGGAUGUGGUAAACAGAACAACGAAUUUACGACGCUAAAAGGUGUCAUGAAGACUGAAUACCGCGUUGCCAUAUGGUCUUCUCUGCGUAAUGAUUUUGCUGAAGGUGUCCGUGCAAUCUUGAUUGACAAGGAUCAGAAUCCGAAGUGGAACCCUCCGAGCUUGGAUGAAGUUGACCAAAAGGAAGUAGAGGCAGUCUUUGAACCUUUAGGUCCCGGAAUCGAAGAGUUGAACGUUUAAGGUUCAGACCUUCACCUAUCGAGUUCGGUUUUGUUGUUUUCGCGUAUGAUAUGAAGAUGUCGGAACUUUGAAGAUUAAGAAAAAUAA